UGUUAACCCAUAUGGAGAGAAUAUUGGCAAAGGAUGAUUCCAAAACUGUUUGGAAGGGAAAGGGAUCAACAGCAAAAUUGAAAGAAAUAAUGAUUGGCAGAUGCUUCAAUUACCUUGGAACCAUAAAUCCCAAUGCAGGGAACAAAGACUGUUCAAAACUAUGGGAAGCAUUUCUGCAUGUAUUUAGUAAGAAGGACCCAUGCAAAGUCACAAAAGAGGAUUAUAAGCCAUUUUUGGAUUUGGCAGGUCAUGACAUUCCAGUUGACCAGUCAAUCUUCUGGAGCCAUCCUUCAGUACACCGAUGUCACACACAAUGUUAUACCUCUCGAGAACACUCUGAUUGGUUAUAUGUUGAAUGGCCUGAAUUGGUGUGGAAAACUCUCCAGCCCAGAACCUAAUUUUGAAGCAUGUCCUGAAUGGAACAAUUGUGUAAACAAUUCAAUGCGUUCAUUUUGGAGAGCAGCAUCUGAAAGUUAUGCAAUGAAGGCCCAUGGAGAAGUAACGGUGAUGCUGAAUGGAUCUGCUCGUGUCAAAGCUUUCAGGACCAACAGCAUUUUUGGUGAAAUAGAACUUGGAAAAUUAGACAACAAGCGGGUUACCUCAGUUCACCUUUGGAUCAUGGACAAUGUUGAUGGGCCUGAUAAAGAAUCCUGCAGUAUCGGCAGUGUUUCAGAGUUGGAAAAGGUCCUGAAGGAGAAAAAAAUUAUGUACUCUUGCAAGGAUAAUUACAAGCCUGUUAAAAUGCUCCAGUGUCUUUUCAAGGUGGACCAUCCAUCCUGCGAGUUAGAUUCAAAGCUAUAACCAUCCACUCAAGCUACGUUUGUGGAAUUUCUAAAGCUGCCUGCUUCCACGUAAACACACAAUCAGUUAGAAUUGCACAAAGAUAUAAAGAAAGCUUCAUUAUAAAAUGUAAUGUGAUUGUCUGCAUUGGGUUGAUUAUAAUUUGAUUUGUAAUUCUGAGGAGAAAUAUGUACAUUAAAAAUAACGGGGGAUGAUCAACGUUUUAAGAUGGGAAAUAAACUGAGGAAUCAUGCAAUUAUUUAACACCAUUACUACAUUCGGGGUUAAUCAUCUGGUUCUCAAAGCCUAUUGCAGUGAUCCACAGUGGGCACCACACCUCCAGGCAUAAAAGCCUAAGGCCUAUCAUUUUCCUGAUUUGGGGACUUAAUCCAUAAUGUAACUUGAGCAUCAAUGUCAGACAUAAGAAAGAAAUAGGAGCAGGAGUAGGCCAUUCAGCCCCUCAAGCUUGCUCCGCCAUUCAAUGAAAUCAUGGCUGAUCUACUUCAACACAAUUUUCCCGCACUAUCACCCUAUCCCUCGAUAUUUUUAAUAUGUAGAAAUCUAUCAAUCUCAGCCUUGAACAUACUCAACGACUGAGCCUCCACAGCCCUCUGGG